CUGCACAGACUCGAAGUUGAAGUUGCAGCCUAUGCAGCCUCAGGCUCAGGACAGAUUUGCAACUUGCGUGGUAGGUGGAACGCUGCAUCAGGCCUCCAUUCACAGCCGAAACUGUAGGAACGUCCAUUUUUGCUGCACUAUAAAGGAAGCAGGCCUUUUCCUCUUUGGCACGGGCAGAAUCGAGCCGAGCGCCGAGAUAUUGAUCGUUGAAUCGCGGCUCAUUGAGGUUUUCUAAUCUGUCUUGAAAGAAGCGCUUGCAACCUCUGGAAGCAUUCCUUAAAUCUGCCUAGAAACUGAGUAAGAAGCAUGGGGAAGGACGAGCGGAAGCAUUCUGAUUCAGACUCCUCGCCGCCAAGCCGAGACUAUGGAGACCCUGGGGUUUUUGAAAAAGAGGCCAUGAUUGGAAACGGGGCGAGGUCAAGUGUGGCGGAGGCGGCAGCCAAUCAGAAGGCAGAAUCAUUAGGAGAGCAGCUUACCAAGGCUGUCACUGCAAGUACACAAGCUCUGCAGGCAUUGAAUGCACCUAUCGUUCUAGCGAUCACAUCCUAUGCGAUCUGCAGCUCCUGUAUGCUCGUUGUCAACAAGGUGACUGUUCACUUGAUUCCCGCUCCUUCGAUCGUACUGAGCAUACAGAUGUACUUUUCAGCCCUAUUCGUGAAAGCUCUCAAGGAUAUGCGGCUCGUAGAGGCAGACGACCUUGAAUGGGGCAAGAUCAAGCUCUUUUGGCUCGUGGCAUUCGCGUUUCUGGCUGGGAUCUACGCAAACAUGAAGACUCUACAGUAUGCCAACGUAGACACAUUCAUUGUCAUUCGCUCCUCAACACCGCUCCUCAUCUCCCUGAUGGACUUUGUGUUCCUGGGCCGAGAACUCCCGUCUCUGCGGUCGUGCUGUUCCCUCCUCGUCGUGUUGGUGGGAGCAACUGGGUACGUCAUCACGGACGCCAACUUUCAGAUCCGCGCCUACGCGUGGAUCGUCGUGUGGCUGUGCGUCUUCACGUUCGACCAAAUCUACAUCAAGUACGUCGUCGACACCGUGCCGAUGACCACGUGGGGCCGCGUCAUCUACUCGAACGCGAUCGCGGCGCUCCCGGUAACGGUCCUGAGCCUGGUGCAGCAGGAGCAGGCGGUGCUCUUCUCAGCGUCGUGGGGGGGCUACGCGGCGCUGCUGCUCUCGUGUUUGAUGGGGCUUGCGAUGAACUACAGCGCGUACACGCUGCGGCACAUGGUGUCGGCGACGUCAUUUACGGUCAUUGGCACUCUGUGCAAGAUUCUGAGCGUCUUGGUGAACUGCUUGAUCUGGGAUAAGCAUGCGUCGGCAGUUGGCUUGGCGUACCUGUAUGUUUGCUUGGUAGCGGGGAGUUUGUACCAACAAGCCCCAAUGAGGCGACAAAAAACCAUGCCUACGAGUUGAAAACAAGUUAGAUGCUCUCUUUAGUUACUUAGGUCUGAAAGGUACAGCAAGGAACCUGAUGACCGAUUGCACACCGGCGACUAAGUUAUAGGAGGGAGAGGACUAGUAGGAGUUGCAAGGAUGCUAUGCGAGCAUGGCAUUCCGAGUUCAUUACGUCCGUUCAAGCGCUCUCCUCGGGAAGGUUUCCGUACCCCAGAUGCUCAAUUGUGCCAGUGCUUGAAUGUCCUCCGGGAUAUCAAGCCGAUGCCCAGCCUGGCAGAGCUGACAACGGACCCAAUAUAGACUGCUGCAUAAUGGCAGUAAGCGAGAGAAUUGCAUGCAGAGUGCUCGGGGGAAUAUGAGAUUCAACUCGAUGUUUAAGCCCA